AUGAGUGCAGUCAUUAGUCCGUUCAAGCGGUUGAAAUGGGGAUUUCUCCCGGUCAGGAGAAUUGUGGAUGAGGACGAGUACGGCAACAUCCUCGAUGAACCAGAAAUCAAGCCAGCCAAGUCCAACGACUCGUUGGAAAAGGAACACUCCGCCAACCAAGAGGUUCAAGAUGCAGCCUCCAUCGACACCCUCGAGUACAGAGACGAAAAGGACCGCAAGUGGUGGAAGUUCUUCGACGAGUACGAGUACAGAGUGGACGCCAAGACCAAGAAGAACCGCAAGUGGUACAAGUGGUUCCAUGACAGCGACACCCCCGAGGAGAGAAGAGUCAUCUUGAAGAUCGAUCUUCUCUUGACCCUCUAUUCGCUUGCAGCCUACUGGGUCAAGUACCUCGACCAGACUAACCUCAACAAUGCCUACAUCGGAGGCCUCAAAGAGUCCAUUGGCAUGAAGGGUAACGACUUGGUCAACACCCAGGUCAUGUUCAGUGUGGGUAACAUCGUGUUCCAGCUUCCCUUCAUGUACAUCUUGUACGCAUUGCCAUUGAACUACGUUUUGCCUACCUUGGACAUCUGCUGGUCGAUCUUGACCGUUUGUCUCUACCGUGUGACGUCCGUGGGCCAGCUCAAGGUGCUUCGUUUCUUCAUUGGUGCCUUCGAGGCUCCCUCCUACAUUGCCUACCACGCGUUGUUCGCUUCGUGGUUCAAGGGUUCCACUGGUGAGAUCACCAGAAGAGCUGGUUUCUACUACUUUGGCCAGUACUUGGGUAUUUUGACCUCUGGUUUGCUCUCGGGUGCCAUCGAGAGACAUAUGGGAGGCAAGAACGGUCAUGAGGCUUGGCAAUGGAUUUUUAUCAUGGACGGUAUCAUCUCGGUUAUCGUGGGUAUUAUUGGUUUCUAUAUGAUUCCUGGUACUCCUCAGGAUUGUUACAGUAUCUUCUUGUCUGAUGACGAUAUUAGAAUUGCCAGAAGAAGAAUGAGAGCUGAUCAAAAGGAUGCCAAGCCAAGAGAAAACCCUGUCAAGCACUUCUUCAAACCCGACAUCUGGAAAUCGAUCUUCUCCUCGUGGCACAUCUACGUUCUUUCCUUGUGGAACAUUUUCUGCUGGAACAACAACAACGGUACCUCUGGUGCUUAUGCUUUAUGGUUGCAAUCCUUGAAGAACAGCGAUGGUACCAAAAGAUUUAACAGGGGUGACCUUCAGGACUACACAGCUUUGACUCCUGGUUUGGGUAUCUUAUGGUUGGCCAUCAUCAGUAGUUUUGCAGACUUGUUUGAGUCUCGUUGGGCUGCGAUUGUCAUUUCCCAAGUGUUUAAUAUCAUAGGUAACGUCAUUUUGGCGGUGUGGCACGUUCCAGAGCGUGCCAAAUGGUUUGCUUUCUGUUUGCAAUAUUUCGGAUGGGCAAUGGCCCCCACGUUGUAUUCGUGGCAAGGUGACAUUUGUCGUAGGGAUAUUCGUGAACGUCAAGUUGUGUUGGUUACCAUGAACAUUUUGGCACAGCAAUCUACAGCUUGGAUCGCAGUGUUGGUAUGGAAGACUGUCGAAGCUCCAAGAUAUCUCAAGGGUUUCACUUUCACUGCAUGCAGUGCUUUCGCUUUGAUCUUAUGGACGUUUGUGGUAUUGUACUUCUACAAGAAGGAAGAAAGACUUUAUGCCAGAGAAAAUGGAAUUGUUAUUUACAACUCUGCAUUAGACCCAGACUUUAUUCCUGCGGAUAAAGAAGAAAGAAGCGAUUCUGAUGUUGCUGAAAAGGAAUAA